AUGAAGAUACGAAUUAUUACAUGGAACAUCCGUGGAUUAAACGAUCCGGACAAAAGAAAGGUGGUUAAAGUUGCUUUGAAGAAGUGGAAUGCCCAUGUUAUUUGUUUGCAAGACACCAAGUUGGCUUCUAUUUCUGAUGAUGUGGUUAGAAGCCUUUGGGGAAGUAGGUUCGUGGAUUGGGAAGCCUUGAACGCCUCCGAUAAAUCAGGUGGCAUUCUUAUUAUGUGGGAUCACAGAUGGAUGUCUAGAACGAAUAUCUGGAAAGGGCUAUUUUCUUUGUCAUGCGUGUUUCAGAUGGAAGAUGAUAAUUUCAGUUCGGAACUUAGCUACAUUAAGGAAUUGUGGUCAUUGCCUUGGUGCUUAGGUGGAGAUUUUAAUUCUGUUCAGUUUCCAUUUGAGAGAUCCAUAGGGGGGAGGUGGUCUUUGGAGAUGACCCAGUUCUCCGACUUUAUUGAUGGUCACUUUCUUAUUGAUUUACAAUUGGAAGGGGCAACUUUUACUUGGUCUAGCGGCAGAGACUCAGUUACUUUAUCGAGGCUCGACAGAUUCCUGAUUUCUGGAGAUUGGGAGGAGAAGUUCCCGGAUGUCACUCAGUUUCAGACUCUCAAAUCUGAACUUAAAAAGUGGAAUAAAGAAGUGUUUGGGAAUCUCGAAUGGAAGAAAAAUAAAGUCCUGGCUGAUAUUGCUGAGAUUGAUAGUCUUGAUGAGACAGGGCAAGUUACAGAAUCUUUACGCUCUAGAAGAGUGUCUUGUCAGGUGACUUUUGCUGAGAUUGCUACUAUGGAGGAGAUUUCGUGGCGUCAGAAAUCUCGGGCUUUGUGGCUUAAAGAAGGUGAUCGCAAUACUAAGUUCUUUCACAGGCUUGCUAACGCCCAUAGAAGAUACAAUAAUAUUGGGCGGAUUCGUGUGAAUGGUUUAGAGUUGCGGAAAGAAGAUGAGGCUCCGUUCUCUGAAGAGGAAGUGCUCAAGGCAUUAUCCACUUGUAACGGUGAUAAAGCUCCAGGGCCAGACGGAUUUACUAUGUGGUUUCUGAAGGAAAGAUGGAAAGUUGUGCGUAAUGAGGUUAUGGGCACUUUUCAGGAAUUUCAUUCUCACGGCACUUUUGAGAAAUCAUUUAAUGCAUCUUUCAUUGCUCUUAUUCCUAAGAAGGGCAACGCCUCUGACAUUAAGGAUUUCCAGCCAAUCAGUUUAGUGGGGUGCUUGUAUAAGCUUAUUGCCAAGGUCCUUGUUCUUAGAAUGCGAAAUGUUUUGGAUGGAAUCAUCUCAGAAUCACAAAAUGCUUUUGUUAGUGGUAGACAGAUUUUAGACUCCGUUCUUAUCGUAGGAGAAUGUGUCGAUUCCAGGUUGAAGAGCGAAGUUCUUGGUGUAUUAUGCAAACUUGACAUCGAGAAAGCUUAUGAUCAUGUGAAUUAG